CUGAACAGAAAGUUAUUCUCAGACAAUCAGCCAAGACUGGCUAAACCUCCAAAGUGAACUGAAGUCUGAGGACUAAAAAGAGCCUAGAAAAGUGAGACUCCUUCAGAGGAGAACUUGGAAGCAUGAAGAUGAGGUGGCUGAACUUUCUGCUUUUCUUGAUACAUUGGAGAGGCACAGGGGCUGUUACAGGUCAAUUCUGGCACAUCUCAGACCUGCACCUUGAACUUGAGUAUAAUCAUACCUCUAAGGAUCCAUCGCAAGUGUGUCUAUCAGAAGGUCCCCAAUCAGUGACCAAUGCAGGUGUGUGGGGAAAUUACCUUUGUGAUGCUCCUUGGGAACUCAUCAACUCUUCUAUUUAUGCCAUGAAGGCCAUCUUGCCUAAGCCGGACUUCAUUCUCUUGACUGGUGACUUCACAGCUCAAAUCAUUGAUGAGGAAUGGACAGAAGAAGCCGUGUUGAUCAUAGUGAAACGCUUGACGGAUCUACUUCUAUUAGUUUUCCCAGAUACUACAGUCUACGCUACUUUGGGAAAUCACGAUUUCUACCCAAAAGACCAACUUCCAGCAAAAAGCAAUGUUAUUUACAGUUACAUAGCAGAUUUGUGGAGGCCAUGGCUUGAUUAUAAAUCAAUCUCUCAGUUCAAAAAAGGUGCCUUCUAUUAUCAGAACUUGCCUGGUCCAAACUCAAAUGGGCAAAUUGUGGUGCUCAACACUAAUCUGUACUAUGAAAAAAAUGGAGCUGAAAACCGCUUGAAUGACCCAGGGAAACAGUUUCAGUGGCUGGAUACUGUGCUGAGUGAAGCAUUCCAAGAUGGAAAAAAGGUGUAUAUCAUUGGGCACAUGCCUCCCGGCUUCUUUGAGAAGACCCGAAAUAAAGCCUGGUUCAGGCCCAACUUCAAUAAACGCUACAUGGAAAUCAUCAAGAAACACUAUCGUGUGAUUGAAGGGCAGUUUUUUGGUCAUCACCACACCGACAGCUUCCGGAUGUUUUAUGAUGACAAAGAUAACCCUGUCAGUGUCAUGUUUCUGACUCCUGGAGUAACACCCAAGAAAACAACCCUUCCUGGAGUAGAAAAUGGACCCAAUAAUCCUGGGAUCCGAGUCUGGGAGUACGAUCGAGCCACUCUACGACUUAAGGACAUGGUGACCUAUUAUUUAAAUCUCACCCAUGCCAACCUUCAUUCCCCAAAGUGGAAGAAAGAAUACCGACUGACUGAAGCCUUCUAUGUCCAAGAUGGCUCGGCAGCUUCCAUGCAUCGGGUGUUGGAAAAGAUCGCCUCGGAGAGCCAGUUUCUGCAGAAAUACUACAAGUUCAACUCUGUCAAUUAUGACCUCAGGCCUUGUCACCGGCACUGCCGGGAAGAGCAUUUGUGUGCCAUAAAGGAGGUGGACUUUGCAAAGUAUGAAAGGUGCAUCAAGCAGCUCAGCUCCUCUUGUGGACUGCCAGGGUCCCUGCUCCUCUUCUGUGUGAUGAUGGGGUUUCAUCUGAUCAAAUCUUUAUGAGACUGUUAUGGAAAAUUAUCAGAGUCUGGUACAGGAAACUCAUUCAGCACUUGGGAUGAAGAAAGAACUUUAUUAUGCCGGACUCAGAGGGAGGAGAUCAUAUAUUCCCGAUGGGCCCUGAGUAUUGUUGAUAUAAGCAUUUUUAUAUUCAGAAAAAAGCAUUCCAACAUUCUA